UCAAAAAAAUUUUUCUUGAGUGUCAAUUAUUUUCGUAUGAAAUAUAUUUAAUUUCCAAUAACAAAAUUUUGAUUUGCAUUGGUUUUUUUCCACCAACAAAGCGCAAUAUGUCACUGCAAAUGACGACCCUUACGGAAUUAAACAAUAUUGAUCAGCUUAUUUUGCGAAUUAUUGACACUCGCCGUCUCAAGCAGCUUAAUUUAACUGAAACGGAUAUACGGUUAUUAUGUAAUAGAUCUCGGGAAGUUUUUAUGUCGCAAUCAAUGCUCCUCGAGCUUUCGGCACCGGUUAAGAUCUGCGGUGACAUACACGGUCAGUUUACGGACCUUUUGAGGCUGUUUGACUAUGGCGGAUACCCGCCAGCGUCCAAUUACCUAUUUCUUGGAGAUUAUGUGGACCGCGGCAAACAAUCUAUCGAGACCAUGUGCCUAUUGCUGGCCUAUAAAAUAAAAUACCCAGAAAACUUUUUUCUCCUUCGUGGAAACCAUGAGUCUGCUGGAAUUAACCGCAUAUAUGGAUUUUACGAUGAGUGCAAGCGGCGUUACACCAUAAAACUUUGGCGAACAUUUGUCGACUGUUAUAGUUGCAUGCCAGUUUCCGCCAUCGUUGACGAAAAAAUAUUUUGUUGUCACGGCGGUCUCAGUCCCGACUUAUUAAAUAUGAAUCAAAUUGGACAAUUAGCCCGACCAUGUGACGUUCCUGACAAGGGCUUACUUUGCGACCUCCUAUGGUCAGACCCCGACCCAAAGAUAAUGGGAUGGAGCGACAACGACCGAGGCGUCAGUGUUACUUUUGGUGCUGACAUAGUGGGAAAGUUCGUGCAUCGUCAUAAAUUCGAUCUCAUUUGCCGAGCACAUCAGGUUGUUGAAGAUGGUUACGAGUUCUUUGCAAAGCGACAACUAAUUACUAUAUUUUCUGCACCAAAUUACUGCGGCGAAUUCGACAAUGCAGGUGCUAUGAUGUCAGUCGAUGAGACAUUAAUGUGCUCGUUCUACGUCCUUAAACCUUCAAAGAAGGCUGGCUUAAGGAAAAUCCACUCAAAGAGUUAAAUUCGCUUUGAGGGCGGCACGGGUUAUAUACCAGCAACCCCAUAUAUAUUCCGGUAUAGUUUAAUAUUUGUACCUGACCGACAUAAAAAUUUAAAGUUUUCUAUGUAAAUUAAAAUAUUUGAUUGAUCUCUGGUUUCAAUACGUGGUCCAAAGGCAAGCAUGAAAACACAAUUAAGAGGCCUUAUUGAAAUAAAUUCAAAUAAAAUAAAGAGCAAUAAAAUCAAU